CACAGCGCUACCUCACCUUCUGUCAAUCUCAAUGGGUCAUUCUUGAUCUCUUCCACAUCAUGGCCCCUUCAUAUCGUCCUCGCAAGAAGAGAAAGUCUCCGACCUCGUUCACCGGUUCCAAUAGCUCUCUGAUGGUGGAGACCGGAAAUGGAUCUUCCUCACCGGCCUUUCCUCUCGUCUCCUUCCUGUGGGCAGCUCGGGCAGGGGUCUCGCAAUGGCUCGUGCUCCCGCUGAUUCUGAUGGCGGUAGGUCUGUUCAGAUGGGCUGUCAGUCUUUGGGGAUACUCGGGCUUUCAGGUCCCUCCGAUGCACGGCGAUUUCGAGGCGCAAAGACACUGGAUGGAGAUUACGUUCCAUCUGCCCAUGUUCAAAUGGUACACCUAUGACUUGCAGUAUUGGGGUCUCGAUUACCCGCCAUUGACCGCAUACCAUAGUUGGCUGCUGGGUAAAAUCGGCGUAAUGUUUGAUCCCGCUUGGUUUGCACUCGAUGCGUCGCGUGGAUUCGAAGACCCCCGGCUGAAGGUUUUCAUGCGCGGCACCGUUGUGGUGUCCGAGUACCUGGUAUAUAUCCCGGCUGUCGUCACUUUCCUCCGCCGCUACUCCCGGAGGCAGGAUGUCCCCGUUUGGUCCGCCUCAAUCGCCCUCGUCGCAGUUCUCCUUCAACCGGCCACCAUCCUGAUUGAUCACGGACACUUCCAAUAUAACACGGUGAUGCUGGGUCUCGUGGUCGCCAGCUUGGAUGCCAUCAUGGCUGGGCGCAUGCUCUGGGCCUGCAUCUUCUUCGUGGGUGCGCUGGGGUUCAAGCAGAUGGCUCUCUAUUAUGCACCCGUCAUGUUCGCCUUUUUGCUGGGCGUCUGUGUGUUCCCCCGGAUCCGGAUCCUCCGUCUCUUUUGCAUCGCGCUCACUACACUGCUCGCGUUUACGGCACUCUUCGCUCCAUUGCUUGUCGGUGCAACGAACGGUGAGGCUCGAGCGGCGUUGGCCCAGGCAGAACAGCCCCCUCUAUUGCAGGCGCUAGAUAUCAAGCUUGAAAAGGACUCGCGACUCUACGCCGUCCUCUUCCAACUAACCCAGGUCAUCCAUCGAGUCCUCCCGUUCGCCCGCGGUCUGUUUGAAGACAAGGUUGCCAACGCCUGGUGUGCCAUCCAUACUUUCUACAAGCUCCAUCGAUUCGAGACAACCCUUCUUCAACGCAUGUCACUCGGCGCCACGCUGGGAUCGAUCCUCGUCCCCUGUGCCAUCAUUUUCCGCCACCCCCGCGCAUCUCUCCUUCUCCCGGCCAUGUCCAGCGUCGCGUGGGGGUUCUUCUUGUUCUCCUUCCAGGUCCACGAGAAGAGCGUCCUGCUCCCCCUGCUCCCCAUGACCCUUCUACUUGCAGGCGACGGCGGCCUGAGCAAGGAGACCCGAGCGUGGGUGGGAUGGGCCAACAUCCUCGGAUCGUGGACGCUCUACCCUCUCCUAAAGCGUGACGGCCUGCAGGUACCCUACUUCGUCAUGACCCUCCUGUGGGCCUACCUGCUCGGUCUCCCCCCAGUCUCGCUAGAAACCUACCGCAGCCGACCUUCCCUAGAGGACUCCGCCGCGACUUCGGAGCCCAACCUCGGCACGAAGCUCCUUCACACCUGUUUCUACCUAGCCAUGAUCGCCUGGCACAUUCUGGAGGCCACCGUUCCAGCGCCACCCACCAAACCCGACUUGUGGGUGGUGCUCAACGUCCUCAUCGGCGCCGGCGGGUUCGGCAUCGCGUACCUGUGGUGCUGCUGGAAACUGAUCGGACAGUGCUGGGUGAUUGACCGGCGGACGGCGGAGGAACUCCAGAAGAAGAGGCAGUGAUGUGGUAUCUGAGUAUUUCGCUUUAUAUUUGACC